CGCAGCGAUUGGCAGGUGAUGGAGCGACGUGACUCGCUGGUACGUCGGUUGCUUCUUGUCCAUCCUCGCCAUCAUCCCCGCCAUGUCAUCUUGUGAUACCCGACAUCCUCACGCCCACUUUGGUUUCGAAGUCGUCUCCGGGUACUUUGUCUUCGACGAGCCCACCCGCAACCCUGCUUCCUUCCCCGCCAUUCCCGAGAACUUUGGUCUCUUGCCCAACCGCACAUGGUCUAGUCUGGUGGCAGACGUGCAGCAAUGGAACGAGGAAGCCCAAGCUGCGGGCAAGGGGACGGAGUACAAACUCGUCUUCGCUGCUCGUCAUGGCGAGGGCUUCCACAAUGUAGCCGAGGCAAAGUAUGGGACCGAGGCGUGGGAUGCCAAAUGGGCUCUGCUAAAUGGUGACGGCGAAGCGAUUUGGGGUCCAGACCCCGAGCUCACUCCCAUCGGGGAAGACCAAGCGCGCUCCGUUAAUCGGGAAUGGCAGCGUCAACUCCACCUCUCCUCCCAAAGCAAAGAUCACGCACCACUGCCCACCAAGCUCUUUUCGUCCCCUCUGAAGCGCUCCUCACGGACGCUUCAGCUGAGCUACGAAGGCUUGCUCCUCCCGCCUGGCACAAUACCGCCGGGUGGGGAGGGCAAGGCCGUCGGUGCGCCGUACGUCAAGGAGGACCUGCGUGAGCAGUACGGCAACGACAACACGUGCAUCAACCGAUCGACCAAGAGUGAGAUCCAGCGAAACUUCCCGCACUUUGAGAUUGAGCAGGGGUUCACCGAGGAGGAUGAGAGAUUCAAGGUGAGCCUGGCAGAGGGGCGAGAGGUAGCAAAGGUGCUGGGUAGGAGUAGUAUUGAGGCUCCGUACAUCACGGAUGGCUUGCGCGAGAAUUAUCGCGAUGUGCACACAUGCGAUGAGCGAUCCACGAGGAGUGUGGUCAAAGGGUACAAUCCCGGAUGGACCAUUGAGCCUGGGUUUACCGAGGAGGAUGGGGCAUUUGGGAAAAUCCACGAGACGGUAGACGAGAUGACCACGCGUGUUGCCAAGGCUCUGAAGGAUAUUUUUCAACUCAGCAAGGGACAUCAAGUGAUUCACAUCUCCUCCCACUCCGGCGUCAUGGAGUCGCUUUGGCGCGCCACGAAUCACAAGCAUUUCAAGCCUGCUACAGGGGCCAUUGUACCCCUGGUAGUCAAAUUCGACCCAACGUCCUCUUCACUCAACUGA